CCCCGGAGCGCUCGGGACUCGCCGAUCGCGGGCUCGGCGGCAACAUGUCUGUGGCGUUCGCUGCCCCGCGGCAGCGGGCCAAGGGGGAGAUCACGCCCGCCGCCAUCCAGAAGAUGCUGGAUGAAAAUAACCAUCUUAUUCAGUGUAUCAUGGACUAUCAGAAUAAAGGGAAGGCCUCAGAGUGCUCCCAGUAUCAGCAGAUGUUGCAUACAAACCUGGUAUACCUUGCAACAAUAGCAGAUUCUAAUCAAAACAUGCAGUCUCUCUUACCAGCACCGCCCACACAGAAUCUGCCUAUGGGUCCUGGCGGGAUGAGUCAGAGUGGCCCUCCACCCCCUCCCCGCUCUCACAGCAUGCCUUCAGAUGGAAUGGUGGGUGGGGGCCCUCCUGCACCACACAUGCAGAACCAGAUGAACGGCCAGAUGCCUGGGCCUAACCAUCUGCCAAUGCAGGGACCUGGACCCAAUCAGCUCAACAUGACAAACAGCUCCAUGAAUAUGCCUUCAAGUAGCCAUGGCUCCAUGGGAGGCUACAACCAUUCUGUGCCAUCUUCGCAGAGCAUGCCUGUGCAGAGCCAGAUGACGAUGAGUCAAGGGCAGCCAAUGGGAAAUUAUGGUCCCAGACCAAACAUGAAUAUGCAACCAAAUCAAGGUCCCAUGAUGCAUCAGCAGCCUCCUUCUCAGCAGUACAACAUGCCACCUGGAGGUGGGCAGCAUUACCAAGGACAGCAGCCCCCCAUGGGAAUGAUGGGUCAAGUCAACCAAGGCAAUCACAUGAUGGGCCAGAGACAGAUGCCUCCCUAUAGACCUCCGCAGCAGGGCCCACCACAGCAGUACUCAGGCCAGGAAGACUAUUAUGGGGACCAAUACAGUCAUGGUGGACAAGGUCCUCCAGAAGGCAUGAACCAGCAAUAUUACCCUGAUGGUCAUAAUGAUUACGGUUAUCAGCAACCGUCGUAUCCUGAACAAGGCUACGAUAGGCCUUAUGAGGAAUCCUCACAACAUUACUACGAAGGAGGAAACUCGCAGUACGGCCAACAGCAAGAUGCUUAUCAAGGACCACCGCCACAGCAGGGGUACCCACCCCAACAACAGCAGUACCCAGGGCAGCAGGGCUACCCAGGGCAGCAGCAGGGCUACGGACCUUCCCAGGGCGGUCCAGGUCCUCAGUAUCCUAAUUAUCCUCAGGGUCAAGGUCAGCAAUAUGGGGGCUAUAGACCAGCACAGCCAGGACCACCCCAGCAACCCCAGCAGAGGCCUUACGGGUACGACCAGGGACAAUAUGGAAAUUACCAGCAGUGAAAAUGUCCUUACAUUCCAAUAGCCAGUAUCUGUUAGCAGCCAUAUUGUCACAACCUCUGCACUGUGGACACCUCCCUGUGAAGACUCCCUCCAUCCCACCUAGCUUUUGGAAAACUCUUCGCCUAAGCGGCUGCUUCAUCAGCAAGCAGCCUUGUGGUUUAGUUUGUAAGGCUUUAGUGGCUACCAGAUACACCCAAUUUCACAUUUCUACUCUAGAUGGCAACAUUGGACAGAAAAUGCAUUGGCAUAAGUAAUUUGCAGCGAUUUCGGAACUGUGUUCCAAAUGGACUGUCAGAGACUGAAAGGUGUGAACAGUGUUGUCUGUUCACGAAGGUUGAGGGGGUUUCAUACUUUUCCAGAUUAUUUUGUAAGGGGAAGGGGGAAAUGUACACUUUUUACAGCAGCAAUAUUUUGUAUAUUAUGUUUAUUUCAUGUGAUGAAUAUGCAAGUCGGUACACUACACACUGGGCAGAAUCAGAAAUCCUGUUACUGUGGAGUGUGGCAGAUGCUGGUGGUUGCGGUGCUCUGUGAAGACGCAGGUGAGGGAGGACAGAAGCACACAUGUCCACUGUCAGUGCUUGGAGGGAAUUCGCUUCUCUUACCUACCAGCUUAGCAAGGGCACUGUGAUACAGUUUUUAAGUACAAAGACUUUUUUUAAAGCCUUCCAGUUUUGUGCGUUAAAACCUUUUUGUAAAGAUGAUUUAUAAUACUGUUUUCCAGUGUAAGGCAAUAAUUGUGUUCCUUCUGUGAACUCUGGCAGGUUGGUGUAAAUGAAGCGGGAAUCCUCUCAAAGCAGCAAUAACUGAAAAGGAGAAAGCCUUCGUUUUUACCUUGUUUGAGCAAUCAGGGAGCUUUCUGAGUACAGUCAACACGUUGUCAACCACAGCAAAGAGGAGUCAGUGUUGAUCUGCUAGUAUUAUUUUUUUAACAUUAGCAUAAUUGGUUCAUGGAGAGUUGUGUUUUAACUUUCUUAAUUGGAAAUAAGUAAAGGGGCACCUUUGUGUUCCUGUCUUCAUCUUAGUUACUAUAACAGCAAAAAGCUAUGAUGGCCAUUUCUGAUUUAGAUUGAAAGCCUAGCGGUUGUAUUUUACGGUUCCUUGUUUUUUAGCACAACAUACUUAAUCAUUAUUUGAGACAGAUUGUUUUAGCUAAAUUUGGGUAUAUUGCACUGGGCAAGAAAGCAUGCACUGAGAGAUUUCUAAAUAUCUAUUUAAGCAUACUUUGAAAACAUCUAGCCCAAAGGUAAGUUGCUGUGUCCUCACAGCUGUCUAUGUCCAGGGAAUAUGACAGUAUAACACAUUCUUUGUAAAUGAAUUUGUUUAUGCCACUUCUAACUAGAAACAGCACAGAAGGAGUGCCGUAAAUUCAAAAAAGCAAAGCAUACUGCUCUCAGCAUACUGUAAUCAAAGGAGGGUUUCAAUGUGUCUGUAUGAGAGAGUGUGUGUUUUUAAGGUCAGAAUAUAGGGUGUUCUUCAACUUGUUCAGUAGAAAGCAGGCGUAAGUGUGAACAGAUGAGGUCAGGCAGCCUCCGACUGCAGUGCUUGCAGCCUGGGCCAGGCUCCCGGCCACCGUGUGCUUCGUUGCUAUUUAAAACUGUAUCAACUCUAACAGAAGAAUAAAUUAUUUGUGAUUUUAA